UGGCCAGUUGUAACGAAAAGAAAAGAAAGAAAGAAGGCAACGAACAGAAAAAAAUAGGCCACCCCUUUUAGUGAGACUCAACUGUCAACCUCAACCUACCAGUUCACAGGACACGAGGGCGGUGAACUGUAUUUGUUUUUUCUUGAUACACAACAUCUCAUUACGAUCCAAUUUUUUAUUUUUCAACAUUAACAAUUUCAAGAUAAUAUUCAUUCACUAACCAGUGAUUUUCUCUUGUUCUUCACUUCUUAUUACCACUUGGUUAUUAUUGCCUAUAAAGUUCUAUCAUUGAGGUCUCUUUGGGGGAGUUAUCAUGAAACCUAUUUUAAAUUGGAGCAGAGAUUAAGCAUCAUAAAGCAGAUUAUGAUUAAUUAAAUAUGGGGUGUUUUAUAUCAACUCCAAAGGAAGCUGAUGGAAAUAGAAGACGACCAAGCAAUAUUGGCGAAGUCUCUGUUUUUGUGCCUGGGCUUCGAAUACCCAAACCAGUAGAAUUCACUCAGUGCCUUAGCGAUGAUGUACCAAAAGGUGUUGUAGAUCGCUUGUCUGCUCUCAGAACACAAAUUGUUGUAAUGGUCGGCCAUGAAGCCCUAACAGUCACAAGAUCUAGAAGAAAAACUGCUACUCAACACGGAAGUUCCACUUUGUCUGAUCUUUUGCAAGCUCUUGAAGAUUACUUACCAGUUCUUAUGGGAUUAGUUAAGGAUGGAAGCCAUUUGCAGCACAAGAUUCAAUUUGCUUGGGUUAAUCAGGAGGAUGUUAUAGAGGAAACUGCCAUGUCUAAUGCUUGGUACGAGGUUUUGUCAGUCCUACAUUUGAUGGCAAUGCUAUCAUUAUCUCAAGCAAACCUGUUACUUCUUCCCAGAAUAUCUACUGAUGGCUAUCAACCCAAGGUUUCAGACGAAAGCAGGCGUGCUUCUGUUGAUGUAUUCUUGAAAGCAGCAGGAUACCUCGAUUGUGCUAUCCGCCAUGUUUUUCCACAACUUUCAGUUGAAAUGAGGAGAAAAUUGCCUGUUGACCUAGCUGAAGGAGUUAUUCGGGCGCUUUCCCUGCAGGCAUUGGGCCAGGGUGUAGAUAUUCAACUUGGUAUGGCAAUUGAUAGUGCGAAAGCUACACUUGCUGUUAAACGAAGGCUGGCUUGUGAAAUGGUGAAAUGCUGGCAACAGGCGCAAGAUAAUAUUAUGAAUUUACCAUUAUCUAAUGGAUGGGGAGAAAAACAUCAACUUUUUAUCAAGUAUAAGUAUGUUGAAGCCAAGGGUGCUGCUUACUAUUAUCAUGGACUCAUUUUGGAUGAAGUCAACACAGAGAAGUCCCAUGGUAUGGCUAUCGCUGCCUUGCAAGUAGCCGAUGAAUAUCUUAAAGAAAGUAAAAAGGCUUGUGAAGCAUUCAACGUGAACCCUCCUCAAUCAAGGUAGGAGACUAUUAAUGGCGUUGGAUAUUGCACGGAUGAUGUUGGAAAAUGUUAUAGCAAUCAACUAUGCAGCAACAACAAUGUCAUAGCCUCAAUCCUAAAACCUAAAUAGUUACAUUUAAAAACCUCUUAAGCAUCAAGCUGUCAUCGCCUUACCCAGCACAGCCGAACCCGCCUCCCAAACCCCCUUGUUUUCCUCCAUCUCAACACCAUUUUCCUCUUCUGGCUCACACCAUGAGUAAAAACCAGAGAAAGAGAGAGAUAAGGAAAAACAAAUCAGAAGUCUUCAUCUUUUAAUUGCAUCAAACUUGCUACCAUGCUAGAUUGGUUACAAAGAUUCUCUUUUGAGAACAUUUCCAUAAUAUCCUCAUAACAGAAUUCUGUUGUAUUACUUCCCACACGCCACAUCACAAGCUUCUUUCCCGUUCUUGCACCUGUGAUACGUCAAAAUGCCCUUGUUAUGCUUUCAGGUAUGACACAAGCAUUUGUGUGCAGUCUCUACGUGCCCACAUUUCACAUACACAGAAAUCAAGUGAGUUUGAAGAUCCUACUCCUACUCAAUUUUUAAUUUCGUUAACAACCCAUGAUUCUGCAAACCUUCUUUUAGUUAUCCAAAUUGAGAACAAGCUAUGAGAUCAAAGAAGAGAAUAUUUUUCCAUUCAAAAACCUUUCUCAAGCAUGAAAUUGAUAAUACAAGAGAAAACUUUGAUUUAUAGUUAGCAGCCGAUGAUGUAACAAGUACUUCUAUUCCUAUGAUUUUGCUACAUUUUCCAUGCAGGGUCGUUGUCUAGUUUUCUACAUUUCUCUUUCUUAAUCUCUUCAUAAACUCAUUCUCUCUCUCUCUUCAUCUCAUUCACAUAGUUUCAGUUCCCUUGUCCCUUGUCUUAUUCUUCCACUACAAAUUAAUAAAUUAAUAAAGUUCAUUUGUAGCAAAUUCAAUGUGAUACAGGAACUACAUUAAAUGUCGAAGGACCUCUCUUGGAUUAUAUUGUUUCAACCCUCAUAAUUUCAUGUUCAUUGUCUGGCUGUGUUUUUUUUGGAGCCAAGAAGAUUCUAAAUUAUAAAAAGCUAAAGGACUUGCUUCUUAACUCUUGGUAGUUAUCUUUGUACACAUGGGAAAACUGAUGUCUGUGAUUUCAUUUAGCUUGGUAAUGGAGUUGUCAUCUAUUAAUGAAGUGUUUCAAAUAUGUCUUUGUUCAGUAAGGGUGUUUCCAUGUGAAUUUCUACCUCUUGUGCAUUUUGUUGACUUAUUAAUGAGCAUAAGGCACCUCAAACUAAGGCUUUUUUUAUUCUUAGGAAUCCACCAUCAUGGGGAAC